AGCGACCGCGGUGCAUCGGGCUGAAACGGUGGCAGCGCCGCAGCCGGGACCGGAGCGCAGGAGCCGACGGGGCCCAGCCGGGAUGGUGCAGCAGCGGCUCCGCGGUGCACACACGCACUGAGUGGGCCCAAGCUGGGCCCCGCGCCCCCCGCGCCCCCCGCCGCCCCGAUCCCGGCCGGCAUGAUGUGCCUGGAAUGCGCCUCGGCGGCGGCGGGCGGCGCGGAGGAGGAGGAGGCGGACGCGGAGCGGCGGCGCCGGCGCCGGGGGGCGCAGCGAGGAGCUGGCGGUGGUGGUUGCUGCGGGGCGCGGACAGCGGGCGCCGCUGGAGUCGCGACCGCCGACGAUGAGGUGCAGACGCUGUCGGCCAGUGUGAGACGGGCCCCUUCCGGACCCCCCAGCACUCCCAGCACCCCAAGCUGCGCAGCCGCUGCCAAGGGCCCGGGCGCACAGCAGCCCAAACCAGCCAGCUUGGGCCGCGGGCCGGGAGCAGCCGCCGCCAUCCUCAGCUUGGGCAACGUGCUCAACUACCUGGACAGGUACACCGUAGCAGGCGUCCUCCUGGACAUCCAGCAGCACUUCGGGGUCAAGGACCGAGGCGCCGGCCUGCUGCAGUCAGUGUUCAUCUGCAGCUUCAUGGUGGCUGCCCCCAUCUUUGGCUACCUGGGCGACCGCUUCAACAGGAAGGUGAUCCUCAGCUGCGGGAUUUUCUUCUGGUCGGCGGUCACGUUCUCCAGCUCCUUCAUCCCCCAGCAGCACUUCUGGCUGCUGGUCCUGUCCCGCGGGCUGGUGGGCAUCGGCGAGGCCAGCUACUCCACCAUCGCGCCCACCAUCAUCGGCGACCUCUUCACCAAGAACACGCGCACGCUCAUGCUGUCAGUCUUCUACUUCGCCAUCCCGCUGGGCAGCGGCCUGGGCUACAUCACUGGCUCCAGCGUGAAGCAGGCGGCUGGAGACUGGCACUGGGCCUUGCGGGUGUCUCCCAUCCUGGGCAUGAUCACGGGGACGCUCAUCCUCGUCCUGGUCCCGGCCACGAAGAGAGGCCACGCAGACCAGCUCGGGGGGCAGCUCAAGGCCCGGACGUCGUGGCUCCGAGACAUGAGGGCCCUGAUCCGCAACCGCAGCUACGUCUUCUCCUCCCUGGCCACGUCGGCUGUGUCCUUCGCCACAGGGGCCCUGGGCAUGUGGAUCCCGCUCUACCUGCACCGCGCCCAAGUUGUGCAGAAGACGGCAGAGGCGUGCAGCAGCCCGCCCUGUGGGGCCAAGGACAGCCUCAUCUUUGGAGCCAUCACCUGCUUUACGGGUUUCCUUGGUGUGGUCACGGGGGCAGGAGCCACGCGCUGGUGCCGCCUGCGGACCCAGAGGGCUGACCCACUGGUGUGUGCUGUGGGCAUGCUGGGCUCUGCCAUCUUCAUCUGCCUCAUCUUCGUGGCUGCCAAGACCAGCAUCGUGGGGGCCUAUAUCUGCAUCUUUGUUGGGGAGACGCUGCUGUUUUCUAAUUGGGCCAUCACAGCGGACAUCCUCAUGUAUGUGGUCAUCCCCACCAGACGGGCCACCGCCGUGGCCCUGCAGAGUUUCACCUCCCACCUGCUGGGGGACGCCGGAAGCCCCUACCUCAUCGGCUUUAUCUCUGACCUGAUCCGCCAGAGUACCAAGGACUCCCCGCUCUGGGAGUUCCUGAGCCUGGGCUACGCCCUCAUGCUCUGCCCCUUCGUCGUGGUCCUGGGUGGCAUGUUCUUCCUGGCCACCGCGCUCUUCUUCCUCGGUGACCGCGCCAAGGCUGAGCAGCAGGCUGACGAGGUCCCUGCCCAGCACGUCCGGUCCGCCAGCCCCCGUGAUGCGAUGCGCCAGAGCAGUGCCCGGGCCCGGCCCCCGCUGAUCCGCCACCUUGACCCCCGCCCGUCUCUCCCUCAGGGUGAACCAGCUGGUGAUGCCACCCGCUUCUGUGAAGGUCUGAGCCGGUGCCGCUGGGACAGUGAAGAGCCCCUGCUCCUACCUGGGCUGGGAGGUGUCCCCAGGCACCCUGGCCCUGCUGGGCCGUCCCGAAGCUUUCCAUGUGACCCACGGCUGGGGACCCACCGGCUCUGGUCCGGGACUGCUGAGUGGCCCUGGCUCCAGGAGGCCGUGUCAACUAACCUGGGAGCCUGUGUGUGCUGGAGCCACGGACAGACCCCUAGGCCUGGGUCUGGGCCGCAGGGGUCCUGGGGCCCAGCAAGACGACCGCCCCCAGGGGGUAUGUGGGGAGAGACUGGCCUGUCCCCAGCUUAUGUGAUCCUGGGGAAGUCCCUGCCCUCCCCAGACCGUGGGGCCAGGGGGCCGAACUUUCCCACAGAGCUUGCUGGGCAAGGCACCCUCUGCUGUUCUGAAGACCCAACCACCCCCGGACUGCACAGAGCAGAGGCGGCCCAGGCCUCACGGCGGCACUUCAGGCUCUGAGGACCACGGCCUUUCAGUUGGGCCUGACCUUGGGGACACUGGACUCAACCUGGCAGAGGUGGGCACCCAAGUUGCCAGGUGCUUCUCAGGCUGGCUGGUCACGCUGGAGAACCCUUGUCUCUGCUGCCUCUGGGGAUGUCAGCCUGGAGGUCUUCCAGGUGGGGACCACCCUGACCGGGAGCUGGCCGCAUCAGGGGUGAAGGCCCUGGUGGCAGCCACACAGCAACUUGGGCCCCAGGCUUGAGGCCUUUGGGGGUUCCCUGCCCCUACAGGGCUCCUCGGAUCCACCACAGCACCCCUGCCGUCCUCCCUGAGCCCCCACAGAAGCCAAGAAUUGACUCCAGCCCCCCACCCCCAGGCUGGGUCCUUUCCAGGCGCAGGGCCCAGGGGACGAUUCCCAGAAUCCACGCAGGAGCAGCCAGGGCUCUGGCUGCCGGAGGAAGCAGCAGCCGCUAAGCUUCCUGUCCAGGGAAGAGCCUGGUGGAGGUGGGGGGCCCAUCGGAAGGCCGAAACCCCGAGCCACCUCCCCGCCAGACCCCUGGCCCUCUUGUGGAGCGUCUCCUCUCUCCUCUGCUCCCCACGCACCCUUCCCGAUUGCUGGAAUCAAGGUGGUUCUGGUCUGGGUGCCUCUCGUGGCCAGCUGGAGCCCGAGAGCCAGCCUAGCAUUCUCUGUCCCUAGUUCCUGGCUGCCAUGGCUUCAAUGGUGGGUAAGUUGAUGGGGAACCCAUUCCCCACCAAGCUCUGGGGCCCCCUGCGGGGUGGGAUCCCCAAAGACCAGCCUGGCCUCCACUCCCACCCCAGCCUCAACGGGGGCCCCAGCAAUGUUUUCUUGUUGUACAAGAACCAGGUCCAAGUGUUGCUUCCUCUUCCUUCCGGAAGCCAAACUGCUCCUUUAUUUUUUAGAGCUGCUGAUUGUGAAUCUCAGAGUCUUUAAGAGAGAAGCCAAAUAUAUUCCUCUUGUAAAUGAAUAAAGCUAUUUAAAUCACG